CAUUAAGUGGGGAGGGGGGGGGAACUCUCCAAUGACCCGGCCUGCUUUUCCUUCUCUUGCCCUCGUUGGCUCGCCGGCGCAGUCCAUUGCAUAAGGGGAGAGGGAGAGCCGGCCUCGCCUUUUGCAAAAACCCAAGCUAUGAACCCAAGUAGCAGCAGCGACGCCGCCGCCCAGCCCUUUGCAGGCCCCGUGCAAUUUCCAGGAGGCACCACCGUCCUAGUGGAACUCGCUCCUGAUAUCCACAUAUGUGGUCUGUGCAAGCAGCAGUUCAACAAUCUCGAUGCAUUUGUUGCUCACAAGAGAAACAGCUGCCAUCUGUCAGGUACAACUUCUGCAGCUGCUGGAACAGUACAGUUUGUAGCAGAGGAGACAGUGCCAGCAACACAAACCACGACCAGAACCAUCACUUCGGAGACUCAAACCAUCACAGUUUCUGCACCUGAGUUUGUUUUUGAGCAUGGCUACCAAACCUACCUUCCUGCUGAGAACAGUGAGCCUCAGACUACGACAGUUGUCACCACUCCACCAAAACCUCGCACCAAAAAAUCCACCACGUCAGCAGCACAGAAAAAACUCAACUGCUGCUAUCCAGGCUGUCAAUUCAAGACAUCUUAUGGUAUGAAAGACAUGGAACGGCAUUUAAGAACACAUACAGGUGACAAGCCCCAUAAAUGUGAAGUUUGCAGCAAGUGCUUCAGCCGCAAGGAUAAGUUGAAAAUGCACAUGCGAUCCCACAGUGGAGUGAAGCCCUACAAGUGUAAAGACUGUGACUAUGCAGCUGCCGAGAGCAGCAGCCUCAACAAGCACCAGCGCAUCCAUUCAAAUGAGCGUCCUUUUAAAUGCCAGAUCUGCCCUUAUGCCAGUCGAAACUCCAGCCAGCUCACCGUUCAUCUCAGAUCCCAUACAGGAGAUGCUCCAUUCCAGUGCCGUCUCUGUAGUGCCAAAUUUAAAAUCAAUUCAGAUUUGAAGAGGCACAUGCGCGUACACACCGGGGAGAAGCCCUACAAAUGUGAGUUCUGCGACGUGCGCUGUGCAAUGAAAGGCAAUUUGAAAUCACACAUCCGCAUCAAGCACAGCAUGGAGAAUGCCUUGCGAUGCCCUGAGUGCGAGUUCCAGUGUGGGAACAAGACCAGUCUCCGUCAACACCUUCGCACCCAUCAGCCUGAGCAGGCAGUGAAGUGCCCCGAAUGCAACUACUCCUGUUCCAGUAAGGCCACCCUCAAGGUCCAUGAGAGGAUCCACUUCAAGGACCGCCCAUUUAAAUGCGAGUUCUGCCCCUUUGACACUAAACAACGGAGCAAUUUGACCACCCACCUAAAGAAAGCCCAUCGGGAGAAGGUCAAGGUCAAGAAGAAACCAGUUGAUAAGAUGGAAGGAGAUCGGCUGAAGGAAGGCAGCUCCAGGCAAGUGGCCAAGUUGGAGGCCAAGAAGGCAUUCAGAUGUGAUCUCUGUGAGGCCUCAUUUGUCCGAGAGGAUUCUCUGAGGAGCCAUAAGAGGCAGCAUGCUGAGUAUAAUGGGAACAAUAAUAUUGAGCAGCCUGUUCUUCACUUCCAGAUAGACUCUGCUAGGCAGGUUGGUGCCCCUAUUACUGUCAGCCAUCUCCAGGUUCCACUACAUGCUUCAACUUAUGAUGAAGGACAGGUCAAGAUCAUUGUUGGACACCAAAUGUCUCAGGCCAGCAGCCUGGUGCAGGCAGCUUCUGUCAAUAUUGUGCCUCCUGCCUUAAUAAGCCAAACCGAAGAAGAUCUCUCCAGUAAUAGCCAGCUGCAGAUCCUUCAGCAGGUGAACUUGCUUGCUCCACCACUUUCAGCAGGAUCCCAAGUGGAAGGUAUUUCAGUGGACCAGUCAACAGUUCUCCUUGGAGCCCAUGAUCAAGUAGAUGGGAGUGCGCCAAGCCAAACUCUUAUCCCUACAAUUCCUGUAGGGAGCCAUGACGUCUCGGCAAGCCAGACCUUCAUUAAUGGCACUGGGAUCACCUGCUCAGACUUGGAAGGGCUCAAUGCUUUGAUUCAAGAAGGAGCAGGAGAAGUGACUGUGGUGACCGAUGAGGACCAGAGCAUCUCAGUGUCAACUUCCACUCACCCACCCAUCUUUUCCUCCUCUUCUCACCCAGAUGUGCCAAAGCAAGGCUACUCCAUCAUUCAAAGUGGGGUCCAUGCAAGUUUGUUGUGUCCUGCAGACUCCAUCCCAGAUUAGUCAAAGAAAAUACAUCAGAGCUCUGUGAGCUAUAUUACACUUGACCCAGAAAAUGUAUUCUAGUUUAGGCUGCCGAGUUGAACAGGCAAAAGCAGCCCUGUUGACAAAACCCAAGUCUAAUUUUGUACAGUCUACAUUCCUGGAAAUAAUGCAUAAUGCAUGUCCUUUCACAAAGCUCAACGCAUGUAUAUAACAGGUCCAGAAGUGUUGCCACUUUCAGGGAUCGGGAGUAUGAUCGGGUUCUCCAGAUUGAUACAAAGUAUAUGUUUUCCACUAUAGUACAAACCCACAAAACCAGUCCUUGCAGUUUAACCUAACUGCAUCUGACUACAAGUUCUCUAGGAAAUUUCUAGGUCCUCCAGGCAAUUAUAUGGCAUGCUUCUACCAUAGACUUGCCCUGGAGGACCUAGAAAAUUCCUAGAGAUAAUUCCAGGGAUUUUCUAGUUUUUCCAGGGCAAGUUCCAGCAAAAUUCAUUCAUUUCAAUAGGUCUUUUAAGAUGACUCUGUAGGAACCUCCAACUGGAGUCAUUCAUUUCAAUAGGUCCUCUAAGGUGACUCUGUGGGAACUUCCAACUGAAGUCAUUUAUUUCAAUUUGCUAUUAUUCACUGUUGUUUCUACAGUACAUGCAGAAAUAUAUCCCCUAUGGAUAUAGAAAUCGUACUAAUAUAGCUCCUUGGGUUUUCCCAGAUUUUACCAAUUGUUGCCUCUACAUCCACUCAUUUCAUUGUUUUUGAGGAAUAUUUACAGUGAUUUCUUGGGUCAUAAAUGGAGGAGUGUUUUGCUGACGUCCUCUGGUUUGAAAGACAGGUUUUCUAAUUCUUAAAGUUAUAGUCUACAACUGCUAUUUCAUUAUGCACUAUAUUUUGUUAAGUUUUUUCAAAAAUUGAAAGAGAGAAUGAGAGAUGAGAAAGAAAGGAAAAGAAGCUUCUUAUUUGUUUCAAUAUGUUUCAAAAUUAAAAAGAAAGCUAUUCCAAUGUUUGGAAUAAAUUGUUGUAGCCAAUACUAGAAAAUAGUCUUGAGACAGAAAAAAAUGUUAUUUAAAUAUUUUAAAUAACCUGGGGCUGGCAGCAAUAAAUUCAUAACUUCUUAGAAUGUUUGCCCCAUCUGUGGAUUUGGUGCCACUCAGUGGCAAUAGCCUUAUUGCAGAAGGCUCAGCUUUACCCUUGAUUAUUUGACAUCACUUUUUUGCUAUGCAGUAAUGUUUUGUACCCCAGUAAUGGUACUAAUUCAUUUUUAGUACUUCCUGCUCUAGUUGGCAGAGUUAGCCUUAAAGAAAUAGUAUUUAAAAUACAUUGCAUUGGAAUGAUCUUAGAGAUUUACAGACAGUUUCGGCCCUAGCGCAUAGUAGACCCUUCUCUUUUGUAAGGGUGAGUGAGAAAAUGCAGAUGCAAUUUUUUUUACCUCAUUGAAUGCCUCUUUAGGAAUUUAGAUCCUCCAGCACAACUCUAUUGUCAACUUAUUAGAGAGAAUAUAUUAAUAAAAUUCAUUAAUAAUCAAAUCCCCAAGAGUGAAACCUGCAAAUGUAGAGGGUCAACUGUAGGGUGAUUGUGAUCCCUAAUAUUACAUUGGUUGCUAUGUUACACAAAGCAAAUCUAAUGAAAUUUGUGGAAGAAUAUA